UUUGACAUUGACAGUAAACUCGUGGUUCAGGAAUUACAUUCUUAAACAUAACCUCAAUUCAAUUACUUUGCUGAAGUGAAAAGUUAGUGAAAAGCGAAGUUAUUAUUAUUUUUAUUAAAAUCAUGACAAAUUUAAAUGCUGGAGUUUGUGCUAUAAAAAAAGAAUUUGUCAUAGAAAGAGAAGACAAAAUCGGCAAAGCAGAAGCCGCUUCUUCUAAUCAUUUAGAAAAACGUAAACUAGAUUAUAUCGAUCAAGAAGAUAAUGAAAGUAAGAAAGCGAGAACAGGAAACAUAGAGGUAAGGAUAGACAAAAAUAAAAAGAGAGGACAAAACAAAGCACGACCCAAAACCUUUAAUGAGAGUCAAGAAAACAAACCCUGCCCUAGUAUUAUUGACGUAAAGUCGAGUGAAGAAACCAAACCUUGCCAAUAUAGUAAUUGUAAGUUCAUACACAACUCGCUUGAUUAUUUAAAGAAUAAACCUAAAGACAUUGGAGAACAGUGCCAUGUUUUUAAUAAAAGAGGAAGAUGUCCCAGAGGUAUAGCUUGUCGAUUUGGAUCAAAUCAUAUUACAGCUGAGGGAUUUAAUUUAGUUAAUGAAAACAAAUUCAAAUUAUGGAAAGAUGAUGUCCGAAAUACUCUGCAGUCUUCACUUCAACUUCCAUUACAAAAGAAGAAAUAUGAUCUCAGUUUUGCCGAAAAACUGGUUAAACUUAUGGAUACAAGAAAUAAAACUCCUACAGAAUCAGAGGAGUUAUUACAACCUGCCGGAAAUUCGGGUGCAAUCACAGAUGAAGAUAUAAUUAAACUACUCCCAAAAGAGAAAAAAGCAAUUGAUUGGAAAGACAAGUUAUAUCUGAGUCCACUUACCACUGUAGGGAAUCUUCCAUUCAGAAGAAUAUGUAAAGAGUUUGGCGUUGAUAUCACUUGUGGGGAAAUGGCAUUAUGUGAGUCCCUGCUCAAAGGAACAACACAAGAAUGGGCUUUAGUUAAAAGGCAUGAGUCAGAAGAUUUGUUUGGUGUUCAAAUAUGUGGCAAUAAUGCUUACAUAAUCACAAAGGUGGCACAACUGCUUCAAGAAAACACAGAGCUUGAUUUCAUUGAUUUAAAUCUUGGUUGCCCCAUCGACUUAAUAUACAAGAAAGGUGGUGGCAGUGGCAUGAUGCACAGACUAGCCUCAUUGCAAGCUUCUGUAACGUGUGCUUCUAAACUCCUUAGUAUACCGUUUACUAUAAAAAUGAGAACAGGAGUAUACCAAGAUAAAAAAAUUGCUCACACUCUUAUACCAAAGGUAGUUGAAGCUGGAGCAUCAUUGAUUACCCUGCAUGGAAGAUCCAGAGAAGCUAGGUACACUAGGUCAGCAGACUGGGAGUAUAUUGAAACUUGUGCUAAAGCAGCCACACCUUGUCCAGUCUUUGGCAAUGGUGACAUUUUAUGUUAUGAUGAUUAUGUGCAGCGGAGAGAAAUGGCACCAACUGUCCAGGGAGUGAUGAUUGGUCGUGGAGCUCUUAUCAAACCUUGGAUAUUUACAGAAAUAAAAGAACAGAAGCUGUGGGAUAUAAGCAGUGCUGAGAGAUUUGAUAUUCUUAGGAAGUACACUAACUAUGGAUUGGAGCACUGGGGUUCUGACAUGAGAGGAGUGGAGAAUACCCGCCGGUUCCUAUUGGAGUGGUUGUCAUUUUUAUACCGCUAUGUGCCUGUAGGACUGUUAGAAAGACCCCCACAGAAAAUAAAUGAGAGACCACCAAGUUACUUUGGUAGAGAUGACAUGGAAACAUUAAUGGCUUCAAAUAACUGUGCAGACUGGAUCAAAAUUAGUGAGAUGUUGUUGGGCCCUGUACCUGAAGGAUUUGUGUUUUUACCAAAGCAUAAAGCUAAUUCUUAUUAAAGAUUUUGUUUUUAUUAA